AUAUAUAUACUAGCGAUCCAUGCUGGCUCCGCAUGAGUAUUAUUUGGAUAUGCAAUAAAACAAAUUUGCAAAAAUUUAUGAUUAUCGGGUCUCAUAUAGUCUAUGCGAGCCUUAUGCUUUACAGACGAUUCUCUGACUCUCUGAACUCUAAAUCUAUCCCGAAACUGGCUGAAGCGAGCUUCAAGUUCCAUUGAAAAUUCUUCAUAUCUAGCUAAACGUGCUCUUUUGGCAUUCACUGUAUUACGACCUAUGUUCAAACGACGACGUCGUCUAGAUAUGACUUUAUAAUUCCUGUACAAAGUCAAUUUGAUCUCAUAUAUCUGCUGGCUGCUAUGUAAAUCAUGAAGGGCAAAAAGGAUCGUAGCAAAGGAUUAUUUCAAGGACUAACGUAUUGGCAAUUUUUGAUUUAAUUACGAACAGCAUAAAAAUCUUUGAAUUUUAAGAUAUGGGAAAUAAAAUAGGCAACUACAAUUAACUCCCGUGUCUUGCGAUGUUAUCACAGGAUAAUUUAUGAAGUACCGAAUUCUAUUCCGUUAUGUUACUUUUAUUCAUGUUAUCAUUACACGUGCGAUGUUAUCAUAGUUCAUAAUAACUAUAAUUUUCAGUUUAAAAGUUUGAAUAUUUCCAUAUUUUUAUAAAAAUAGAAAACUUUUUUUGCCGUGUUCAUUGAAAAUAGUGUGCAGUAUAAAUUUUUCUUAUUUAAUUGGUACUGUAUCAGUAAAUCAAAUAAUUAUUAAUUAUUUCUCUACAAUUAAAUGUUAAAUAAAUUAUUACAUUUUGAAUCCUUAUACUUUUACUAUUUAUAUACUUAAAGUUCUACUUUUUGACCGAAAUUAUACUUGUGCUGUCGAUAAAAUGGAAGGAGAUAAUCAAAACAAUGAUGAACAAAAUGAAGAGAUUUAUGAAAACAAUACUCUUUUUAAGAUACAAGGAAUGGAUCUUAUUUUGAAAUCAAUUAACUGUGAAAAAUAUAAAUUUGUGUUUGAAAAACAUGGGAUAAACGAACAUACAAUGCUUCAUUUGACAGCAAGUGAUCUGAAAUACCUAAACGUUGAGGAUAAAGAUAUACAAGCAAUACUUACUGCAGUAGAUGUGCUUAACAAAACUCUAAAUUUAAGUGAAACACAAUUAUCAAAUGAUGAGAUUCAAAAAUUACAGUCUAGUAUUUGUGGACAACUUGGAUCAAUUGUUAUAGCCUUAAAGCAUAUUCAUUAUUUAAUGGCUAGUAAUUCAAAGCAUUUCAAUGAUGUGUUAAUAGAUAACUAUUUAUCAUCAGUUGACGCUGCUUUGAUGGUAAAACCUUAUUUAAGAGCAGAAGAAAAAGAAAUUGAAAAAACAUUAAAAACUGUAUUUAAGAUUAAAAAAAUAAGAAGUACAAUAUCCAUUAUUACAACAGUAAGUAUAGUUUGCUUAUUUGGUCUUGCUCUUAACCGUUUUAAAUAUUCAUUUAACCGAAUUCCUGCAUUUUCAAACUUUGUUAGUCAGAUAAAAAGUUGGAAAGUUUAAAAAUGUUAAAACUAACUAAAACUUAU